AUGGCGGCGACAGUGACUAUUCCGUCCAAGACUCCGGCCUUGACCAAGGCGACGGCCACAGCAGCCGCUCUCGGGGAGGUGGAAGACGAAGGACUCCUGGCAUCGCUGUUCCGGGACCGCUUCCCCGAGGCCCAGUGGCGCGAGCGGCCGGAUGUGGGCCGCUACCUCCGAGAGUUGAGCGGCUCUGGGCUGGAGAGGCUGAGGCGCGAGCCCGAGCGCCUGGCAGAAGAGCGGGCGCAGCUGCUGCAGCAGACGCGCGACCUGGCCUUCGCCAACUACAAGACCUUCAUCCGCGGGGCCGAGUGCACCGAGCGCAUCCAUCGCCUUUUCGGCGAUGUGGAGGAGUCGCUCGGUCACUUGCUGGACCGCUUACCUAGCUUCCAACAGAGCUGCAGGAACUUUGUGAAGGAGGCUGAGGAGAUCAGCUCCAACCGCCGGAUGAACACCCUGACUCUGAACCGGCACACAGAGAUCCUGGAAAUCCUGGAGAUCCCUCAGCUCAUGGACACUUGUGUCCGCAACAGCUAUUAUGAAGAGGCCCUGGAGCUUGCAGCCUAUGUACGCCGACUGGAAAGAAAAUACUCCUCCAUUCCUGUCAUCCAGGGCAUCGUGAAGGAAGUGCGCCAGUCCAUGCAGCUGAUGCUGAGCCUUCUGAUCCAGCAACUAAGAACCAAUAUCCAGCUUCCCGCCUGUCUACGUGUCAUUGGCUACCUGCGGCGAAUGGAUGUCUUCACAGAGGCCGAACUGAGGGUGAAGUUUCUUCAGGCGCGAGAUGCCUGGCUCCGUUCCAUCCUAACUGCCAUCCCCACUGAUGAUCCCUAUUUCCACAUCACAAAAACCAUUGAAGCCUGCCGUGUCCAUCUCUUCGAUAUCAUUACCCAGUACCGUGCCAUCUUCUCAGACGAGGACCCACUGCUGCCCCCUGCCGUGGGGGAGCACACUGUGAAUGAGAGCGCCAUCUUCCAUAGCUGGGUGCUGCAGAAGGUUUCACAGUUCCUGCAGGUGCUGGAAGCCGACCUUCACCAGGGAGUGGGCAGCCGCCUGGACUCCCUGCUAGGCCAGUGCAUGUACUUUGGACUGUCUUUCAGUCGUGUGGGGGCUGAUUUCCGGGGCCAGUUGGCUCCUGUUUUCCAGCGGGUUGCCAUCCACACCUUCCAAAGAGCCAUUCAGGAAGCGGUGGAGAAAUUCCAGGAUGAUAUGCACUCUUAUACACUCAUGUUGUUCCCAGCCAUCCUGGGUAGCAGUACCAUGCCUGCUGCUAUGCCAGUGACCCAGCCGGGGACACUACAGCCCCCCAUGGUUCUGUUAGACUUCCCACCUCUUGCCUGCUUCCUCAACAAUAUUCUGGUUGCCUUCAAUGACCUGCGCCUCUGCUGCCCCAUGGCCCUGGCUCAGGAUGUGACUAGGACCCUGGAGGAUGCCCUCACCAAGGUAACCAAAGUCAUCCUGGCUUUCCAUCGUGCUGAGGAGGCCGCCUUCACCAGUGGGGAGCAAGAGCUCUUUGUCCAGUUCUGCACAGUCUUCCUGGAGGACCUUGUCCCAUACUUAAAUCGCUGUCUCCAAGUGCUUUUCCCACCAGCUCAGAUAGCACAGACUUUAGGCAUUCCUCCCGCUCAGCUCUCCAAGUACAGCAACCUUGGCCACGUGAACGUCAGUGUCAUCCAGGAGCAGCUCGCCUUCAUCCUUCCCAAGAGGGAGGCUGUCUUCUCUCUAGAUGAAAAGGAAGUAGUGCCUGAACUCACAGCUGCAGCCCUGGAACUUCCGGCCAAAGAAACUAGCCUGGAACCUGUGAUUCCAGUGUUACCUGAGGGUGGACCAGAGGAGGCUAAGGCUGAGCAGCUGCAGGGGGCACCACAGUCCGAGGAGCCACCAAAGGAAGGUGCAGCACAGAGUGAGGACUAA